AUUCCUGAGGAGGGGGAAGUUAAAACAUUAUAUCUGUUCUGCCUACUAAAUGAGCUGUUCUCAAAACACUGAUCGUAUUCUGGCUAAAUACCCAGGGCAUACUCUCUUCUGAGUUCUCUGUGUGGAACAAACGUAUCUGUUACCUGUUGCGUCAGGGUCAACUUGAGACCUACAACUACCUUAAUCUACGGCUAAAUAUUUUGCGGAUCGGACUCAUCAUUGAAAAUCAUCGCGCAGUCUUUGGCAAAUUUCUCAGGGUGACGAAUAAGGCCUUCAGCAUCUCUACGCACCUGUAUAUCGGCUUUGACUCAUGACAACCCUGGGUAUCGAUUACUUCAGAAACCCUCUUCAACUUGGAUGUCAGCCAAAUAGCCCAUAACUGCCUUUAUAGUUAAGCUUUCUACUCCCUAAAAAUUAAAAGGAUGGAUCAACAAAACAGUGACAUAGAAAAUACUCCUGCCAAGCCAGACGAUCAGCAAAUUUCGUCAUCACCGAGUGACAAACAAACUUCGCAACUAAAACCCCGAACUAUCAGCGGCUUUCCAAAGAGAUACGUUCUGCUAUUGAUGAUCUUCAUUGGAUUUGUAAAUAUCUACGCCAUGCGAGUGAACCUUAAUGUGGCCCUUGUGGCAAUGGUGAACAAUCAGACAAUCAUAAAGGGAGGAGUCUCAAUAGUUAAGCAAGCUGAAUUUGAUUGGAGUUCAAAACUGCAAGGUCUCGUCCUAGGCUCAUUCUUUUACGGUUACUGGGUUUUACAGAUCCCUGGAGCCUGGUUAGCACUUAAAAUUGGUGGUACUCGCGUGUUUGGUUAUGGAGUACUUCUGACGUCACUACUGGCUAUCAUUACUCCAAUUGCUGCAAGAUAUCACGUGAUGGCUUUAAUCGGUGUUCGAAUUUUUCAAGGUUUGUUUUUGGGAGUUACUUUUCCGUGCAACCAUGCCAUCUGGAGCAGAUGGGCACCUCCUUUGGAAAGAAGCAGUUUGAUAACCAUUUCCAUAGCAGGUUGUCCGUUUGGCAAUAUAGUCGCCAUACCUCUCACCGGAGUAUUAUCCAAGUAUGGUUUUGAUGGUGGAUGGCCGUCAGUGUUUUACUGUAUAGGAUUAUCAGGGAUCGUUUGGUAUUGUGCCUGGGAGAUGAUCGUUCAUGAUUCCCCAACAUCACAUCCCACCAUAACAGAAGCAGAAAAAAAUUUUAUUGAGACAAGUAUUAGUGGAUCUGAUGAUAAAGCUGAGUUUGAAAGGCUUCCUUGGUCAGAUAUUUUGAAGUCACCACCAGUUUGGGCCAUUGUGUUCGGCCACUUUGGAGCAUGCUGGGGAUAUUAUACACUAUUCACUGGCAUGCCCACGUAUUUUAAAGACGUUUUAGAUUUCGAUAUUGAGCAGACUGGAUUCCUAGCAGCCUGCCCGUAUUUGUUUAAAGCCAUUCUAGGUCCAGUAGGAGGGGUAACAGCUGAUAUGCUCAUAAGAUACAAGAUUUGUAAAAUCGGUACAGUAAGGAAAACUUUCUACGGGGCAGGUUGUUUAUUAGCUGGAAUAUUUAUUGUGGCAACAGGCUAUACUCAGCAAAGGAGAACAAGUGUUAUAUUCUUGGUGUUGGGUGUUGGAUUUUCUGGUUUAAAUGCUAUUGGUUACGCUGUCAAUCAUUUAGACAUUGCCCCGCCCUUUGCAGGGGUGCUUAUGGGCCUUACCAACACAUUUGCAUCAACUCCAGGAUUUAUAAGCCCUCAAAUAACAGGAUUUGUUACUUCAAACAAAAAACAAGAAGAGUGGAGGAUAGUAUUCUGGAUCACACUUAUUGUUUAUGUUAUCGCCGUAAUUUUCUACACGUGGCUUUGUUCAGGCGAACGCCAGCCGUGGGCAUCACCUCCUAAACAGGAUGACAUAGACAAAGAGGAAUAAGACUUCACGGCUCAUCAUUUGCUGCAGGCAGAAUCAUACAGUGAUACAGUUGUCGCUAUUUAGUGUGGUCCAUGGUUAAAUGUCUGUGUCACGGUGGCAAGUUGGUUCCAGUCUUCGCUCUCUUGUUCCAUGCUAUCAGUGUGAAGCAAAGAGUGAAGGAAUACUUACUUCCGUGUGGCUCAUAGUGAGACGCAAUAAUGCGACCUCAUCACCUGACCGAGGCUAGGAGUACGGUAGUUUGAAAGGCGUGAUCAACUACUAUACGUUUUUAUAAGACCUGUAUCAUUUGCGAAGAAAAACAUCGAAAAGCCUGCACAUAUGAAUAAUCAUUAGAUAAACUUCAACUAAAAAAUAAAUCAAUAAUCGCCCAA